AUGCCAAUCAAUCUUCUUCUUCUUCUUCUCUUCACACUCGUUAUAUCCACCAUCUUUAACGCCUCAAAAGCUCUUGAACUAGGCAGUACAUCAAUCUCAAUACCACCUGCUGGACCACCAAUUUCUCCUGCUGCUCUGGUCCCGGCUCUGUUCAUCAUUGGCGACUCCUCUGUUGACUGUGGCACCAACAACUACCUCGGUACUUUUGCUCGAGCCGAUCGUCUUCCCUAUGGAAGAGACUUCGAUUCUCACCAACCCACUGGAAGAUUCAGUAAUGGAAGAAUCCCAGUCGACUAUCUUGCAUUGCGCCUGGGGCUCCCCUUUGUUCCUAGUUAUCUUGGGCAGAAGGGUAACGUUAAAGAUAUGAUUCAAGGGGUGAAUUAUGCAUCUGCUGGUGCUGGAAUUAUAUUCUCAAGCGGGUCAGAGUUGGGCCAACACAUCUCCUUAAUACAGCAAAUUCAGCAGUUCACAGAUACCUAUCAGCAGUUUAUUUUAAGUAUGGGAGAGAAUGUUACAGCUCAUUUGAUCUCAAACUCAGUGUUUUACCUUUCCAUUGGGAUUAAUGACUAUAUACAUUACUAUCUUCCUAACGUGUCUGAUGUGCAAAAUCUGUACCUGCCAUGGAGUUUCAACCAGUUCUUGGCAUCUAACGUGAGGCGGGAAAUCAAGAAUCUGUAUAACAUAAAUGUCAGGAAAGUGGUGCUCAUGGGGAUGGCACCUAUUGGCUGUGCUCCUCACUACCUGUGGAAGUACGGUAGAAAUGGAGAGUGUGUUGAGGAGAUAAAUGACAUGAUCCUGGAGUUUAAUUUUGUCAUGAGAUACAUGGUUAAGAUGCUUCGUCAGGAGCUUCCGGAUUCCGAUAUCAUCUUUUGUGAUAUGUAUGAAGGUUCCAUGGAUAUAAUUCAGAAUCAUGAGCAUUAUGGUUUCGAUUUUACUACUGAUGCUUGCUGCGGAUUAGGGAAGUAUAAAGGGUGGAUAAUGUGCAUAUCACCGGAAAUGGCUUGUAGCAAUGCUUCAAAUCAUAUCUGGUGGGAUCAGUUUCAUCCAACUGAUGCAGUGAAUGCCAUUUUAGCAGACAAUGUCUGGAAUGGUCUGCACACAAAAAUGUGCUACCCCAUGAAUUUGGAGGACAUGGUUGCUACAAAGCUGUAA